AUGACGUCGAUUGACGAAGAAGACCUACGCGGUCGGGCGACGACGGCCAGAGCACACCCCUUGUGGAUCCCGCCUCCGCUAUUGUUCACACUCACUUUCAGGUGCCGGGCUCUUCAUUCCUCCACCGGCAUGGUCAUCCAAGGAAAACGCGGCCGCGUCGCUCUGUUUCGCCACAGAACCGCCGGAAAGACGUCUGUCGAAACGACACGGUACGGACGGACAUGGAGCUAG